CCUCCCACACCACAACCCAACCCAACCCCCGCCGCCGCCGCCAACCCGAGGGGAACAACAAGAGGGGAUUUUUACAAAUCCUACACCGCAGGUUCGCGCAGAUCGCCGGCGCCCACCAGCGACCAAUCCCCUCCCCUCCUACCCUACCCUACCCUACCCUACCCGCCAUGGUGUCCGACGCCAGCAAGAAGAAGGCCGCGCAGAAGAAGGCUGCGGCCGCCGCCAAGAGGGGGUCCAAGGCCAGCGCCGCCUCCUCUUCGUCCGCAGCCUCCGCCGUCGACAAGGCGGCCAACGGCGUGUCCGCGCUCAACCUCUCCGAUCGGACCUGUACCGGCGUCCUCGCCUCCCAUCCGCUAUCCCGGGAUAUACACAUAGAGUCCCUCUCAUUGACAUUUCAUGGCCACGAUCUGAUUGUGGAUUCAGAUUUGGAGCUUAACUAUGGGAGGCGAUAUGGUUUGCUUGGCUUAAAUGGUUGUGGAAAAUCCACCCUUCUCACGGCAAUAGGCUGCAGGGAACUUCCCAUCCCUGAACACAUGGACAUAUACCAUCUCAGCCGUGAGAUUGAGGCUUCAGACAUGUCUGCGCUUCAAGCUGUUAUCUGUUGUGAUGAAGAAAGGAUCAAGUUGGAAAAGGAAGCUGAAAUUUUGUCUGCACAGGAUGAUGGUGGUGGUGAGGCUUUGGAUCUUGUAUAUGAGCGGUUAGAAGCAAUGGAUGCCUCAACUGCUGAAAAGCGUGCUGCUGAGAUAUUGUUUGGUCUAGGUUUUGACAAGCAAAUGCAAGCAAAGCAAACUAGAGAUUUUUCUGGUGGUUGGCGUAUGAGGAUUGCGUUGGCAAGGGCAUUGUUCAUGAAUCCUACCAUCCUUUUACUUGAUGAGCCAACAAACCAUCUUGAUCUGGAGGCAUGUGUCUGGCUGGAAGAGAAAUUAAAGAAUUUUGAGCGCAUACUUGUUGUCAUAUCACACUCCCAAGAUUUCCUAAAUGGUGUGUGCACAAACAUCAUCCACAUGCAGAACAAGAUCCUCAAGUUAUAUACUGGUAACUAUGACCAGUAUGUUCAAACCAGAUCUGAGCUUGAAGAGAAUCAGAUGAAGCAAUACAAAUGGGAGCAGGAACAGAUUGCUAAUAUGAAGGAAUACAUUGCCAGAUUUGGUCACGGUUCUGCAAAGCUCGCUCGUCAGGCUCAGAGCAAAGAGAAAACCCUUGCAAAGAUGGAGCGUGGUGGCCUCGCUGAGAAGGUUGUUAAUGACAAGAUUCUGGUUUUCCGCUUUACAGAUGUUGGCAAACUCCCACCGCCAGUGCUACAGUUUGCUGAUGUCACAUUUGGGUACACUCCAGAUAAUCUCAUCUACAAGAACCUCGACUUUGGUGUUGACCUUGACUCUAGAGUUGCACUGGUUGGUCCCAAUGGGGCAGGGAAGAGCACACUUCUGAAGCUUAUGACAGGUGACCUAUCCCCAUUGGAUGGCAUGGUCAGGCGCCACAAUCACCUCCGUAUUGCACAGUUCCAUCAACAUCUCACUGAGAAGCUGGACCUGGACAUGCCGGCCCUGCAGUACAUGAUGAGGGAAUACCCUGGGAAUGAGGAGGAGAAGAUGAGAGCUGCCAUUGGCAAGUUUGGCCUCUCAGGCAAGGCACAGGUGAUGCCAAUGAAAAAUCUGUCUGAUGGGCAGAAGGCCCGUGUUAUCUUUGCGUGGCUGGCUUUUAGGCAGCCGCAGAUGCUGUUGCUUGACGAGCCGACAAAUCAUCUUGACAUUGAGACCAUCGACUCCCUAGCUGAGGCACUCAAGGAAUGGGACGGAGGAUUAGUGCUGGUGAGCCACGACUUCAGGCUGAUCAACCAGGUUGCUCAGGAGAUCUGGGUGUGCGAGAACCAGGCGGUAACAAGGUGGGAAGGUGAUAUCAUGGAUUUCAAGCAACACUUGAAGAAAAGAGCUGGUCUUUAAAGUGCCUUCUUUUCUUCCUAGGCUCUUUGGAGAUCUAUAGACAAGCCAAAGUUUUGCCUCUGUAUCGGAAAAUUUUAAAUUAUUUAGAGUGGCUACAAGUACGGUUAUCAUUGUAUCCAAGUUAAAAGAAACCUAGUACGGCAUUUUAUAACCAGAGGAUUCAUAUUAUUUCCACAUGUUGAUGAUUCAUAUUAUUUCCCUAUCUCGAUGA